AAAAAAAAAAAUCCUGAUUGAAAAAAAAAUAUUUAGAUGGAGGUCGAAAUAUUUAAAGUAGAACUUGAUGAAGAUGAGAUCAAAGAAUCAUUUUUUAGCUACAAUGCUCAGUACAUAGAUGAUGAAAUGUUAACUCUUAAACCAAAAACUGAAAAUGUAGAACACUUUGUAGAAGGAAAUGAAGGAACUGAUAAGAUAAUAGAAACUCCAAAAAACUAUGAAGGGGAUGUAUUAUCCAAUUUGGAAUUAAAUGAGACUGCCAAGGAGAUUAAUCCAAAGAAAUAUGACUGUGACCUUAGUGAUUUUGCUUCAGCCCAAAAUCUGGACCUUAAAAAGCAUAUAAAUUCGGUUCACUUGACGAUAAAAAAAUAUCUGUGUCAUCUAUGUGAUUACACCGCACUUCAAAAGGACAACCUGAAUACUCAUAUAGAAUCAGUUCAUUCAAAUUUGAAGAAAAAUAAGUGUCACAUAUGCAAUUUUGAUACUGCCCAAAAUAUAAACCUUGAAAAGCAUAUAGAAUUGGUUCAUUUGAAUAAAAAAGAGCAUAAAUGUCACCUUUGUGACUAUGCCUCAUUUGACCAGAGAAGUCUUGAAGACCAUAUAAAUUCAGUUCAUUUGAAUUUGAAGAAAAAUGCAUCUCCAAAGUGUGAUCAUACCACAACCCAUAAAGGAUGCUUAAAACAACAUAAAAAUUCAGUUCAUUUGAAUUUAAAGAUACAUAAAUGUCACCUAUGUGAUUUUUCCUCAGACCGAAAUGUGAAACUUAAAAGGCAUAUAGAUUCAGUUCACUUGAAGAUAAAGGAAUAUCAGUGUCAUCUAUGUGAUUACUCCGCAGCUCGAAAGGACACCCUAAAAUCUCAUAUAGAAUCAACUCAUUUAAAUUUGAGGAAAUAUAAGUGCCACUUAUGUGAUUUUGCUACUGCCCGAAAUAUGUACCUUAAAAAGCAUAUAGAAUCGGUUCAUUUGAAUAUAAAACAGCAUAAGUUGAAUAAAAAAGAACGUAGGUGUCACCUUUGUGACUGUGCUACAUAUGACCAGAGAAGUCUUGAAGAGCAUAUAAAUGCGGUUCAUUUGAAUUUAAAGAAAUAUGCAUGUAAGAAGUGUGAUUAUGCCACAGCCCGUAAAGGAUGCUUAAGACGACAUAUGAAUGCAGUUCAUUUGAAUUUGAAGAAACAUAAAUGUCACUUAUGUGAUUAUGCUUCAGAUAGAAAGGAGCUUAUUAAUUCACAUAUAGAAUAUGUUCAUUUGAAUAUAAGACGCUAUAAGUGUCAUCUUUGUGAUUAUGCCUCGGCUGGAAGAGGAAUAUUGAAAACUCAUAUUAAAUCAAUCCAUUUGAAUGUAAGGAAACAAUAAUGACAUUUGUGCGAUUUUGGAUCAGUUCCAAAUGAAGACCUCAAACAACACAUAAAUUCUUUUCAUUUGAACAUGAAGCAUAUUCAGUGUCACCUUUGUGAGUUUGUUACAAUUAAUAAGACAUAAUAUAAGAGCACUUGAAGAGCAUGUGAAAAAUGUGAUUUUACAACUGCAAAUGUAGGAGACUCGUGCUUCAGCUCAUUCAAAUUUAAAUAAUCAUAAAUGUCUCCUAUGUGUUUAUGCUUCAGCUCAAAAAAGAUGUCUUCAAGCGCAUAUAGAUUUGUUGCAUUUGAAUAUAAAGGCAAACAAGUGUGUGACUAUGCAGCAAUUCGUAAAGAACACCUCAUAUCUUAUAUAGAAUCUGUCUAUUCAAAAAUUGAAUAACUUUAAGGUUACUUAUGUUGUUAAAUGAAAUGCAAAAACUGAUGAAGGCUCAUUGUGACAAGUUAUUGAUUUUUUGGUUUCAUUAAUAAAAAAAGAUUAGUUUUUA